AUGUCGGAGGACGAGGGGAGCAGCGAGGAAGAAGACGACGAGGUGAUUUCCGACCAAGAGGAUGCAGACGUCGUCUCUGAGGCCGCGGGCGCGGCGCCUUCUGACACCGAGGAGGAGGGUGAUGGAGCGCCGGCCGCCGCCGCACUGGCCCAAGCCGGGUCCACUGCCGCUGGAACUGAGAUCGGCGACGAGAAAGGAGCAACCCCUGUGGGCGGGGAGGAGGGAGACCCCGAGGCCACGGCAGCCAGGACGGGAUGGGGCGAGCCGGAAGAGACAGGGUCAGUGGCGGGUGAAGACCAGGAGGGAGACGAGGCCGAAGGGAGCGGCGCGGGUUUGGGGGGCUCCGCCGACGGAAAGGAUGGGUCCGAAGGAGGCGGUGGGGGUUGGGGGGGGGGUUCGGCCGACGGCGAGGAUACCGAGGAAGAGACCGAGGAGGAAAGGGAAGCACGGAUGGCGGAGUACGCGGCGGCGAAGGCGGAGGAAGACGCGAUUAAGCAGGAGCGCAGGGCUAUCCGCGAGAACCCCGCCGUGAUCCCCAAGCUAGGCGCCUUCUUCGUGCACGACGACAGGGGAGGGGGCGGCGGCGGCGGCGGCGGCGGCGGAUCCGUCGGCAUGGCACGUGCCGGCAAGCAGCAGCAGCAGCAGCGGCGGGACGGAGAGGAGGGGUCCGGCGAGGAGGAGGAGGAGGAGGAGGGGGUGGGGCGGUGGCGUGCGGACGCUCUGCCUUCCCCGAAGAAGAACAAGGGCGGUGGCGUGGAGCGGCGCUGGUGGAGAGUCGAACGGAGCGGCGGCGGCGACUGUACCUGGGUUCACUCCGGCGGUUGCUGGGGCCGCCAUGGCGGGGGGGCAGGCGGAGCUGGCUGGCGGCGCGGGCGGCGCGGUGACGCUGGCGCAGCUGCAGCAGCAGCAACUCGUGCAACAGCAACAAAUUUUUGCGAGCCCAGCUGA